CCAUGGGUGACUGCAGUUGAGACUCUUGACGUACCUGCAAAGGGCAAACGUAUCCGCAUAUUGAAGAGACCUGCAGCAGCUCCUGCAGAUGGUGUGAUUGGUAGCUUGCGAUGGUAGCUAAGGUAGCUAAGCUCUUGGAGUGUCUCGAAAUAAUUAUGGGCGGCUCGAGUGAUGGAGGUGGAGGUGUGUAAGGUCAGCUAUUCGACAAGCUCGCAGAAGAUGGUUGGUCGAAGAUUCGUUGUUCUCAAGAUGAGGAAAGGGCCAGGGUUGUUCGUAAUGGGGUCGUCACAGACGAGGAUGAGGUGUCCAGCUGGCCGGAGCUCCCAAGCGACUGGAUCGGGGCGAGCGAGGGAGAGCUUUUUUUUUCCUGCUGCGGCCCUGCGGGAACGCGAAAAUGGAGUUCAGCCCACUGACGGAAGGAGAUGUGCAGUGGUGGCGCCCCAACCCCAGGCUUUACUGCGUACGGGGGGACCUCUUUCGAGGACAGGGGUAGGGCCCCGAGGAUUUUGGAGCAAGAUGGAGGGGGCCCGGUUUGGUCGGGUUCAGGUGGCCCGGGCGGAAGAUGCCGUGGGCCGCAGUUGGUACUGUCGCGAUAUGGAUGUCUGGGGGGGGACAGACGCGAUGCGCGCCCGUGGAUGCGGAUGAGGUCACUGGGGGUGGGUGGAGGGAAUUGAGGUGCACGGGAUGAUGUAUAAAGGGAGGGAAUUGAGAUGUCUGGUGGUGUUGCGGAGAGUCGCUGGGGACUUUUCUGACAUUUGCAACCUUCUGAAAAUCACAUAAGCAUCACCACUCUGUUCGG